AUGGCAGAUUUUGAUAUACCGAGUUUUCUAGAGGAAUAUCAAAGAUAUCCUUGUUUAUGGUUUAAGAAGGAUGUAAACUAUAAACUGCGACACAAACGCGAUGCUGCUGAAGAAGCCCUCCUUGAUUUUACUAAAUUACAAACUGUUAAAGAACUGAGGCAAAAGAUGAGGAGUAUCAGAUGUACAUAUAAUCAAUCCCGGCUGACACUACUAGUGGUCACACAAUCACACACUCUAUGCUCGUGA